AUGAGAUCUGGUUUCAUAAAUUGGAAAAAAACAAUUAAAAAAUUCAAUGAGCAUGUAGGUGGAGUUGGUAGUGCGCACAAUGAGGCAAGAAUACAGUUUGAGGGUUUCAAGAAUCAAAGACAAAGUGUGGAGUAUUCAUUUUCAUCGGGGAAACAUGAGCUUGAAGUUGCUUAUCAGUGUUCAGAAGUUGUGGCAGUUGUUGGAAUGAAUGCACCUGGAAAUAAUCAAAUGAUUGCCCCAAAAAUUCAAAAGCAAUUGGUGAAUGCUUGUGCAGUUGAGACCACAAAUGCUAUUCUAGCUGAUCUUGGAGAUAGGUGGUUCACUUUACUACUUGAUGAGGCUCAUGACUGUUCAGUGAAAGAGCAAAUGACAGUUGUUAUUAGAUAUGUGAACAAGCAUGGAGAAGUGAUUGAACGAUUUAUGGUUGUAGUUCAUGUUGCAACAAUUACAGCUGCUUGUUUGAAGGAGGCAAUUGACUCUUUAUUUGCUAAGUAUGGUUUGUCGGUGGCGAGAUUGAGGGGUCAAGGAUAUGACGGUGCUUCAUGUUAG